AUGGCAAAUCAAUAUGUACUCUACGACAUUCCUUCCGGCAAGGCACCAUCUGUGACAUGGUCUCCUAACCCAUGGAAAACUCGGCUCCUUUUCAAUUUCAAAGGUCUUGAUUAUCGAACGCAAUGGGUUGAGUACCCGGACAUCAAGUCCACAUUGGAACCCCAUGUCGCACCCAAUCCCGGAGCCAUCGCAUACUCGAUCCCUACGAUUACCUGCCCGGACGGAACAUGGAUUAUGGAUUCGCGCAAGAUCGCGAACUAUAUAGAGCGUCAAGCCCCGCUUCCUUCACUCCAUCUCGACUCAAUCUAUCUCGAAAAAGUCGAGCGUAUAUGGUCUCAGUUUAUGAAAGCCUUUAUGCCGAUAUUCAUUCCCCUGGUUCCGAAGCGUAUCCUGAAUCCCGAAAGCCUGGACUACUGGUAUACGACUCGUGAAAAAAUGGUUGGGAUGUCACUUGAUCAAUUUGAGAGCGAGAAAGGUGGUGAUCAGACAUGGAACGAGCUGGAGCCUGCUCUUCGUGAAGUGACUGCUUUGUUGAAGGAGAAUGAAGGGCCUUUCUUUAUGGGGAAGACUGUUAGCUAUGCUGACCUUGUGUGGGUUAGUAUCCUUCUUUUCAAUCAGAAGUUGGGGUCGGAUGUUUUCCAGGAAGCGAUGGAAAGGACUGGGGAUUCGAGGGUGCAUUUGGACCUGAUGCAGGCUGUUGAGCCUUGGUGUGGUUAUUGA